AUGGAAGUUCUAGAGGACAAAUUAAGCCAGGAAACGCGACGAAAUUAUGCCGUAAAUACAGCGAAAUCUGCGAUACAAUCUCAGCCAAACUAUCUCCCAUGGCAACGGACGUCAAGACCAACAGGUAGUGGAUUAUCCAGGCUUUCAAGUACUGUGCCAUCACAAACUUGUAAAACGGACCCAGAAAGUCGACCAUUCAGUGUUGCAACUGUCCGCACAGCUUGUAGUUCAAAAUGUCAACACAGCUGGAAUAAAAAAUGUGUUGUGCCGCCAAUCAAUGUCGAGGAAGAGAAAAAGAGACGCAGGCUUUUAACAGCUUUGAAGGUAUAAUUCUCCAACCGGUUACGGCCUAUCUACAUGACAUGACUAGUUGUAUACGAUUCUUAUCCUGGUGUGUGUUCUCAAAUAAAUGUGUGUGAAGAUGUCACAUGUCGAGUUUCGCCAUAUGGCCAAAAAAAAUACCAGUGGUUCUGGUAAUCCGGUUUCAUAUCGUGAAAAAAUUAGCCGGGUCGGUAGGUCGGAAAUAAAUUUUUUUUUUGAAUAUUUUUUCAUGGUUUUGGCGUUUUUUUGCUGGGCGAUUUUCAGUAGAGUCCCGACAUCAAAUAUAUUAACUAGAGAUGCGUAUUUCCUAUGGACCAAUUUAGGCAAUUUGGUUCAAUAAUUAGUGUGAUAACAGAUGCCAUUUUGGCGCUGUAUAUACAGCCCACAACCACCAGGAGAAAUAGGGUUGCAUGGUCAAAUCGUUGAAAAAAUAGUAGAAUUAGGCAGAAAAUUUAAAUAGAAUUAGAUCGAGAACGGAACCUGCAUGCAGGUAUUUUUAAGGCCUAAAAUGAUGAACAGGAUAGUGGCGUCAGCUGUCAUUUCAUGCACAGAAUGACAAUCAUAUACAACUAGUUGUGUGAAUACGUGUGAAUGGGCCUUUAAGCCACAUUUAAGAGUUACCAGGGCUUUCAGAAGUAGGUGUCUGUUUUGAUAAAGUAGGUGGCUGUUGCGAGGGGGCAGAGAUUAACUAAGGAGACAUUAACUAGUGAGUAUUGAUUAGAUAGCAACACAAAUGAGCUCUAUAACCAAAUUAUAAUGUAUCAUUACUUUCAUUCUUCAACAAGUUAAUUUCAGGAUUUAAGAUGGCAAAUAACUAAAUCGGUAUGUCGUUUUCGAAAAUAACCAGGCUAUAAAGUAUAUGGUAGACCAAGUUGAGGAAAAAUAACUUUGUUUGAAAGCUUAGAGUGGAGGAAGGACAGCAGUACCAUAAGGAUAAUUCAAGUACUAAACAAAGUAACCGGUAUAAAUAGUAGUGAUUGACCGAUAAUUGAUAUUGAGCUGAUCUGGCCUUAUUGGUAGAUCUUGGGACAGUUGGGGCGGGAUCUCUCUUAGGCGGGCCAGCUUGGUCCCCAUGUAAUAACAAAGGUGUGAUAUCACCUAAACCAGGCCACUCUGCUUGGGUACCUGGCUGGCUUGUCACCUGUAAACAGCUCCUAUAAGAGUAUUGAGGAAAAAUUGUUAUUUUAUUUUUGUCAUGGUUGAAUUGUUUUAGAUGCAGAUAAAAAUGAAAGAAUUGUCACUAUGUGAAUAUAAAAAAGUGUUUCAAAAACUGUAUCUUUUUUUGCUCUCUGAAAUUAUUUCUAUCAUAUAUGGUAGAAUAUAUUAAUAUAAAAUUACACUGUCAGAUUAGUAUAUAUCAUUUAUUAUAUGGAUUUUCAAAAUUCUCUAUUCUGAUUGGUUGACAAGUGGUCCGUAAAAACCCAUAUACGUGGUUCGACGUAUUUUCCGUAUCUGUCCCGGUGUCCCGGAUGUCGUUUUCAAUUUUCCAAUUGUGUGUCAUUAAAAUUUACAGAUAAAAAUUUCAAACAACCAAAUUGUUUUUGAUUGAGCAUGCAUGCCUACCAUAUAUUGUUACCCAGUGAAACUGACAAUAACCGAUUUAAUUUGCGCAAAAAGCAUAUGCUCAGACUCAGUUCAGCCAUAUAAUAAACCAAAUAUUGACCUCGCUUGUUCAAUCUGUACUGUGAAAUAUUAGACUUCUGUUUUUUGCAUGGACCUCACUCCUUCGUCGCUCGGUCCAUACUAAAAAACCUCGGUCUGAUAUUUCACAGUACAGACCUCACGCUCGAUCAAUAAGCCGUUAAUAUUCUGCAAAACACCGCUUUCAGCUCCCCUUUUACAAUUAAUAUUUAUAUGGCAUCAUAGGGCCCCUUUGGACUGUUUUGGUGCAGUCUGCGCUUCACGUUGCAUUAUUAAUACUUCAUUUUAUCGCCGUGCCAGGGUUCUCCACAGUUGUGAGUGGAACAGGUAAAACAGGUGUUUCAACAGGUAUAAGUGUCAAGUCGCACCUACAAACCUCCAGGGGGUCCCAUGUUGUUUUUUUUUUUGGGGGGGGGGCAAGGGCAGUACUUCUCUAACAAACCCCAAUGAGGAAAAAAAAUUUCUGGACGACAACAUUUUAAAUCUCUCUUUCCCGAUUUUCGUAGCACUUUUUCCAAUGAACAUGGCAAUAUUUGCAUAACUGGACUGAAUCGUCGAGCUGGCUACGCCACUGUGGAUUGAUUAUAGGAUUUUUGCACACCGUUCUCAUUAUCAGGCGGUAAUCAGUGUUCGUGGAAACGGUAAAUUUUACCGGUUACCGCCUGAUAAGGAGAACCCUGCGUGCAAAGUUUGUUGGACUCGCAACAUGAUUUAUCACAAAACUAGAGAAGCAAAUAAACUAGAGGUUAUUGGCUUAUUGUGGAAAUGUCUUCGAAUUACAUUAUUUAUAUUCUAACUACUAGUUCAUGUAUUUUAAUAACUGCUUUUCUGUUCUUCAUUACUCCAUUCCUCGGAAUGUACCAGCAAAACAUUUUAUGGUCCUUUUUGACGGGGGGCCCUGGGCAAGUACCAGGAUUAUUAUGUCACUAUAGAUUCCUGCCAGGGAGGCCAAUAGACAAUUCCCAUUAUAGACUAAUUUUAAAACUAGGCAAGGAGAUGCAAAUAAAUCACCACAGCUAGAAAGAGCAUACUAAAAUUAGUAAAAUUACAAAAUUUGGUUGCGAAAUGUUGUAAAAUGUGGAAAUAUAGCCUUGCAAAGUUUUCAAAUUUUGUAUACUUUUGUAUUACGUGCGACCAUUUUCGGCCUAAAUGUGGUAGGAAUGUGGUAGGAAUUUCCGCAAGCAAUACAAAAGUAUACAAAACUUGCGAACUUUGCAAGGCUAUAUUUUCCUCAUUUUACAACAUUUCGCAACCAAACUUUGUAAUUUUACUAAUUUUAGUAUGCUCUUUCUAGUUGUGGUGAUUUAUUAGAGUUUCCUUGCCUAAUUUUAAAAUUAGUCUGAUGGGAAUUGUCUAUUAGUUGCAUUUUUCGUAGCUGCUCCUGGUAAUACCUAGUUUCGAUAUGGUCGUAACGGUCGUAAAGAUUGAGUCACGAUCUUUCUCAUCAGCCGAAAUACAACAUUUCAGAACUGAAAAUACGUGGAGUGAUUAUAACUAGAGAAUCUUAUGAUAUAUGUGGUUUACAGGUAUAAACAAUUAUAAACUGGCUGUUGAGAAAGAUUGUGACCAUUACGACCGUGGAAACCAGGCAUUAGGUGUAAAAUUUACACUGUCUCGAAAUUGUCGGUUUAAUUGCUGGGAUCCGAUGUCUGGACCCAUCCACGGCGUAUAAUAUAAUAUAUUUUUAUAAUACAAUAAUUAAAAAUAGAUAUCCUUAACGUUGUGUGAAAUAGACUUGCAGAAAAUAGUAAAAUUAAACAAGAAAUUGCUGAAUCAGAAGAAAAAAAUGUAAGUAUUAGACUUACUGUUACGUUAGAGCAUUGGACUAAUGACUAUAGCAAUUAGCAUUUCGCAUGCCGCCAUUUUUGGGUGGCUUUUCAGCCGAAGUCUGCGAGAUAAGUCCACAUAACAGUGACUUUUUAUAAUUUUUUUGACGAAUGAUGGUAAACAGUUUGCUUUGUAAAUGGUUAGUUUAUUUUGAAAAAUUGCUUUUCACAUUGUUUUAAUUGUCUGCAUUGGUUAACGAGAAAUAGAUGCCACCCAAAAAUGGCGGAUACUGCGUCAUCGUGAGAAAGGUUAAUUGAAUCCAAAGGUCGCGGGUUCGAUUCCCACCGCGGUCGAGAAAACGUUUCAGCUUGUCCAGUAUCUACUCAGAAAUAACAUCACAAACACAUACGCGCAGAAACACUUGUCAGUCCGACUGUUUGUACUGUAGGAAUAGAUCGCUCAACUGGCUAACGACUAAAAGGGGUUAGGGUAAAACGCGGAUGCGGAUGGAUGGACGACAGGCGGACGGACGGAAGGGUAAAAUGCGGACGGACGGAUGGGAGGGUGAAUGUCAAAGCUAUAUAUUUACCCAACCUUUUAUAUACUUUAAAAUUUUACUUUAUUUUUGUUUUUAGCAUUCAGAAUCAAAAUCGCUGUUACAACGUUAUGAAAGGUUUCGGGUAGGUUGAUGUGUAAUAUCAUCGGCAGCGUGUUAGAACCGUGUGCACUGAUCAUCAUGUGAUUACUAUACACGCAAAAAUCACACAUCUUGUAGCAAGUCUGCCAACAAGCAGUCAACAAGUUGUGUUCGCACUGCUUGUUCCAAUUUGUCAACAAGUUUGGAACAAGCUAUUAACAACUUGUAUAACAACCUUUGUUGAUAUAAUACUAUUAUUUGUGGAAACACCACGUAAAUUUAUUAUUGCAAAGCUUUCGAUCCGUAAGCCCGGAUCUUCAUCAAUGCUAAUAACCUUGUUGAUAUUAUCAGACUUGUUGCAAGGUUGUUCCAACGAGUCCGAUACAGUCAUGAUAUAACAAUAUUGUUACAACCUUUUGUCGUCAAUCAUGUAACAUUCUUGUUAUAUCAUGACUGUAUCAAACUUGUUAGAACAAGUGAACAACCUUGUAACAAGUCAUAUAAUGCCAUCAAGCUUGUUAUUACAGUUGUUAACAGCUUGUUCCAAGCUUGUCACAACAACUAGGAACAAGUAGUGCCGCGAACACAACUUGUCGACAUUCGACAAAUUUGUAACAACUUGUUUGCAGACCUGUAACAAUUAACUUCUGCAUUUUACAUGUUUUAGGGAGCUAUUGGUAGUUUACAAAAACAGUAUCAAUAUCAGUCAACAGAAUAUCUUGAAGAUUACGGAAUAACCGAGGGACGAAUUCUUAAGGAGGUUCAAGGUAGAGGAUUGACAGAUUUGGUUGAAUUGACGGUUCAUAAUAAAAUGACCAGAAUCUAAUGCUAAUUAGAUGAUAGUAUUGUUCAUGAUACAUUUAAUAGUUUUAUCUAUAAUUAGAUACUUGUUGUUUUUGGGUGAAAGUGACAUUUCUCCUGGGACAGUUGAGUUGCAUGAUAGUAAUUGGAUAGUAAAUAUAAAACUUACUUCGGGUGGAGAACGAACAUUUGUCAAAAAUAGAGCCGGCAUGAUACUCAGGCUAGUUCUGGCGUGAAUCUUUGACGUAUGUCAGGUGCACUUUGAGAACAUUUAAUCUGAUUGCCCAAUCACGUUUAAAUUGAAAACUGCAAGCCAUGUAUAACCUUUUCAACUGCCAAUUUUUCUUUCAAUAUUUCACUAGAGCUCCAAAGGCAGGCAGACCAGAUAGAUGUUGCUGUAUGUACGAAAAAUAAUGAAGUAAAAACGUUAGUGAACUAUAAGGUACGAACUGAUUUGAUGCAAUGGAUGCAUGCAGGGCAUAUGUUAAGUGGUACAAUCAUUAGUGUUUAAUAUUUAGAUUUAAAUAACUUUCUGCGGUCAUGGUCAUAUAGACUGCAGAUUACAGAAGUUAGGGAGACAUCGCCUGUAUUAUGAAAGCUCACUCACACUCAAAGAGUGUACUAUACAGUAUACUAGGUUUAAUCUGAGCUUCUCUUGGGUGUCAGUGCUAUUUUUGAAUAGCUAGAGGGUGAGUAUAGUCACAGAGUAAGUUACGACACUAACCCCUCAGCAAUUCAAAAACAGCAUUGACAUUCAAGAGAAGCUCAGAUUGAAACUCUACUUUUUGAGUGCGAGUGUGCUUUUAGAAUACAGGCGAUAGAGUGAAUAUCGAGUGAACUCGAUUCAAUGAUAGUUGACCGAUCUUGUAGAUGGAAAUUGUCAAGUGGAAAUUUAUAUACAUUUAUUAGACCUACCAAGGAACAGCUGCGAAAAAUGCAACUUGAGGUCCCUGGCAGGAAUCGAACGCGAUUCUGGUAUACUCGAUAAUUCCCAUCUACAAGACCCUUCAGACACAGAGUGACGCUUUCUCCAUAGUAUAAGGGUGUACCUCCAAAUUCAAAACUUCAAAACUUGGACCCCAUGGUUAAACUUUAAGCUCUCUAAUCCUUGCUAUAUUGAGACUCGACAUUUAUUUUUGUAUAGGAGAAAGAAUAUCCUGGAAAGAUACAGGCUAUAGCAAAGUUAAAACGACAACGAGAAAGGCUUCGAAUCGCACAUCAGGUAUUACGCCUGUAUUCUAAAACCUCACUCAUGCUCACACUCAAAGAGUGGAGGUUCAAUUUGAACUUCCCUUGAGUGUCAAUGCUGUUUUUGAAUAGCUGGAGGGUUAGUGUCGUACCUUACUAUGUGACUACUCACCCUCCAGCUAUUCAAAAACAGCAUUGACACUCAAGGGAAGCUCAAAUUGAACCUCCACUCUUUAAGUGUGAGCGUGAGUGACCUUUUAGAAUACAGGCGUAAGAGGGCAGCCCAUGUUCUUAAUUACUACAUGCAUAACCUACAUAUCGUAUACGAACGCGCAAGUUGUUACAAUUUGCAAACAAGUCGCAACAAAGUUUUUGUCAAGCCGAUAUCAGGAUGUGUUCGCAAAUGCUUGUUACCAGUUGUUGUGACAAGUCUGGAACAAGCUGCUAUCACCCUGUUACAAGGUUGAUGACGGCAACAGACUUGCUACAAAUUGUCCCAACAAGAUUAAUACAGGUUGUUCGUAACAAGUUGCCACGAGGUUGUUGCCACUUGUUCAACAACUUGUUACAGUAUGUGCAGACGAUAUCAAACUUGUUGUGAGUUUGCGUGGCCUCAUCAACCUUGUUAGAAGAUGAUAACGACUUGUUCCAGACUUGUCAACAACAUGUUACUCGAACCGUCCUGACCGCGUAGCUCAGUUGGCAGAGCGUUGGGCUAGUAUUCCAAAGGUCGUAGGUUCGAUUCCCACCGUGGCCGGGCAUAUUUUUCAAGCUCGCCCGGUGUGGAUAUACACUCAGAGUAACAUCUCAAACAUCAUAUUCACCUGAGUACACAAUACCAACACAGAAAAAAUCAUAUUACUAGAUUACAUUGGUAUCGAAGGAACUAGAUUCUGUUCCGAAAUAUCACUUACUCAAACCGUCCUGACCGCGUAGCUCAGUUGGCAGAGCAUUGGGCUAGUAUUCCAAAGGUCGUAGGUUCGAUUCCCACCGUGGCCAGGCAUAUUUUUCAAGCUCGCCCGGUGUGGAUAUACACUCAGAGUAACAUCACAAACAUCAUAUUCACCUGAGUACACAACACCAACACAGAAAAAACUGGGAACAAGCAGUGCAUGACAUCUUUUUACGCGUGUACAUUUCUGUUCUCAUCCAGAAUGAAUUAGAAGAACUAUUAACUACAAUCAACGAAGACACAGCAACAAGCCUUGCGAAGGAAGAACUUCUCAACAACAACGUACGAGAUCUUUUUACUGAGGUGAGUGUAUAAAAACAAAGGCGCAGACUAGCUUUCUUUUCAGUGGUGUUACAAAGCUGGGAAUAAAGUGCCUUAAUUGUUUUCUUAUAUACUACAGGAAGCCAUUCUCUCAAUGAAUGAUCAAACUAAAGAAGUAGCUCUUCAAAAUAUGAUCAUGAAAAAGGUAUAACGUUUGUACGUACAGUUAUUGGACAGGUGUACAUUUUGAAGGCUUACAUUUCGCUAUUGCAAACCCCUAUAAUAAGCGGACACUCCUUUUAAGCAUGACACGUUGGCUUAAGAGGGAUUCGACUUGCAGCAAAAUCUUCUAUAACAAUUAGAUUGAUAUAAAAUCGAAGACAGUACUGUAGUCUUGAAUUAACUUAAGUACUAUACAAGUCAGUUUUAUCAGUUAAAUUAGGCAAUGUAAAAUUUCAUAGUUAUUGCGUUAUCGCAUUAUAAAAUUGGUUAAUUUUCUGUAAAUUCUAGGAAAUUGAGAUUCACAAAGACGAAGUAAAACAGUUGAAAAGUGAUAUCUCGCAGCUUCAAGCUAAAAUCCUGUAAGUAAUUUUAAUAUGUAUAUAUAUACACUUUGGAGGUGAGCUCCAAAAUGUGACAUCAAAUUUCAGUGAGAGAUGGUAUCCAGGCACUUAUUAACAAUUAUUGAAUGAGGUUGAGCACGAUAUGAAGAAUUAUCAAGCCCGAAGUUUGCCGUUAUCAACCGAAGCCGUAGGCUGAGUUUGAUAACGGCCAACUGAGGGCUUGAUAAUUCUUCAUACUGUAUUAUGCGAAAACCGAAUAAUAAUUAACAAUUAUUCGCCGAAGGCGAGGUGAUUAUCGGUGAAUAAAAACCGAGACGAAGUCGAGGUUUUUAUUCACGAUAAUCACCGAGCCUGAGGUGAAUAAUUGUUUUAGUAUAAUUUCAUAGGUGAUUAUUUGGAAAAAAAUAAAAAAAAUGCACAUUUCUUCGUCUUUUAAUUGACAAAACGGCUUCGGCCGCCAUUUUGAAAAUCGCUUAGGUGAUUAUCGCGUAAUAAUCACCUCAACGGUAACCAAUCAGCGUGGAGAAUUUUCAAUAAUCACCUAUGUAAUUAUACUAAAGUGAAUUAUACAAUGGCUUAAAAAUUUCGCAGAUAUGAAUAAAACCGACAACACAAAGCAAGUACGGCAUGGAAUUUUACUACUGAAAUGUUUACACUUACACCCAAACCGGCACAACAACGAUUAAAUUAUCAAAGACAUCAACUUUUUAACGAAAUUUAAAACAAAAAAUUGCUGUAAAACAGCAAAAUACGUCCUUUCAAAAUGAAAAUUAAACAAUUACUUCGACAGACUUUGUACUCGCGUAUGCGCAUAACGUCGAAAAGCGAACGAAAACCAUCCAUGACAUAAACAAAAUGGAGGACAACUUUGCACUCCGCUAUGUUUUCACAUACCCGGGUAUAAUUAGCCGUGCGGAAUUAGUACCCUCGCACGGCGCUUCGCGCCGCCGGCUCGGGGAUUAAUUUAGGUUGUCAGAAAAAAGGUUUUCCAAACCAACAACCUGUGUUUGUUUCUUGUAGUUUUACUGAUCCAGUAACCAAAAAGACAGUCUCUGCGCAAGUUGCCUUACAAGUAUUGGUCCGACCUGGUUCUUACGAAAUUGGAAAAACUACUGUUGAGCGGGCUCAACCAUUCGAUGCUAAUUUUAGCGAUGAUGAAUUGGAAUGGUCAACUAAAGAACGAGGAGCUAUAGUUGUGACAGGACUGUUGGUGAAAAUACAAGGAUGA